AUGGAUGAUAACAACACUCCCUUGUCAUCACCUAACCCAUUGACUCCAAAAAACUGUUUCUUAGAACAAGCCGGAAAAUUUUUCGACGACUACAAACCCAAGAAAUUAAGGCUUGUAGAAGAGUGGUCACCUAGAACUCCUUCCAUCUUUGAUAUUCCGGAAAUUGUGCAUAAAAUCCUUGAUUAUGCUGCUAUUCAAAAUGACAAUUCGCCUCAAGAAUUGGCUCCUCUAAGGAGGAAACCAUUGAGUUACAACCAUGCUUUGUUAAUCCAUGGUAACAAAAGAUUAGCAGAAGAAUCCAUGAAAAUCGAUACCAGUAAAGACUACAAUUGCACCAACGUGUUAUAUAACUGUUUGUUUGUGAAUAAGUUAUUCAAUUCGGUUGCCAAUGAAAUCUUGGGGAAACGAUUCUAUUUUGAAGAUGGACACAAGCUCAAAACAUUUGUGCAAAAUGUUCCCAAGUCUGUCAACUUUAAACCAACAGACUUCAAAUUAUACAAGAUGUUCCACUUGACCAACGAGUGUCUCCAACCCGUGUUAUACAGUCUUCAAUUUCAGAACUUGCAAACAAUUGAAGUAUUCAUGUGUCCUAGGUUUUUACCUACCCCGGAAAUGUUCGAGUAUGGCCAAAACAUCAAGAAGAUUGUCAUUUGUGGAUCUAAGUGUUUGGAUGACGACUACUUGAUUAUGAUCAGUACAAAGUGUCCAAACCUCGAAGUUUUGGAUAUCAGAGGUUGUGAAUUAGUUACUGAUUCUGGAAUCUACCAUAUAGGGAAAAACUGUCAUAAGCUCACAUCUAUAAACCUUGGCAGAAAAUCCAAGGGCCACUUAAUAACAGAUGCUGGUGUUUCUACAUUGGUUAAAAAUAAUGUUAAUUUGGACACAGUAGGAUUGGCUGGUUGUCAUAUCACAGAUAAAACUCUAUGGGAUUUGACGACCUACUGCAACUAUUCCAUCCAAAGAAUAUCAGUGAACAGCUGUCCUUUGGUAACUAAUCAAUCUAUUCCUUUGAUAUUGCAUGCCAACUAUUUGCCCCUUUUAAAUGUGCUUGAAAUCAGGUUCACCAAAGUUGAUAACUUAAAGCCUAUCAUUGAGUUCAAAAGAAGGCAGGAGUUCAACGGGGUUUCAAUCCUCAUAGAGAUGUGUGAAGCCUUAAGCUUCAAAAUGAGGCAACAGGAAUUGGAAUUAGAUAAGUCUAUCAGUGAACGGAUAUUUAAUGAUAUCCAAGACUGGGCCAACGAUUCUGACGAUGGAGACACAAGCUACUUGACGUUGCUCAGUUCUCGGUCCUCCGGUAGGUCAUCUCGAGUCACAUCAUCCACUUCGUGA